GCUCUUUCUCUCUCUCUCUCGCUCUCUCUCUCUCUCUCUCUCUAGCUCGCUCUCUCUCUCUCUCCUCUUUCUCUCUUUCUCUCUGCUCUUUCUCUCUCUCAACUUUCUCUCAGCUCUUUCUCUCUCUCUUCUCUCACUCACUCUCUUUCCACAAGACAGCUUUGGGAGGUAGCUGGCACUGUGUAGAAGGAUGUCUCCAACAACAUAUGGACUCGGCUUGUUCUUCAUCUUAUUUCCACCUCGUGUAAAGUGUGCUGAGUUUCAUCAGUCUCCUUCCCUGACAGUGAAGGAAAGAGACCGUGUGGAGGUCCACUGUAGCCACAAUGACAAUAACCUGGUGGUGAUGCUGUGGUACCAACAGAAACAGGCCAGUCCUGCUAUGACUCUGAUAGGGUACGGUUACAGCGCCACAGAGCCUAACUACGAGGGUCUGUUCCAGGAGAGAUUUCAGCUGAAGAGAGCGGACACCCUGACGGGAUCUCUGGUCAUCUCUAACAUAACAUCAGCAGACUCUGCUGUGUAUUUCUGCGCAGCCAGUCACACAAUGGGGGGGGUGGGCCAAGCGUACUUCGGUGGAGGAACCAGGUUAACUGUCCUAGAGCCAGGCCUCACUAUCUCUCCACCCAAAGUGAAAGUCCUUCCACCCUCCACUAAGGAGUGUGAAGAUAGAAACAAGAAGAAGAAGAAGACCCUGGUGUGUGUGGCCACCGACUUCUACCCCGACCACGUCACUGUGUUCUGGCAGUUGAAUGGAGGCGCCAACAUCACCGAUGGAGUUGGGACCGACAACACGGCCUUGAGUGGUAAAAACAAACUCUACAGUAUCACCAGCAGACUGAGAGUCCCAGCCAAGAAAUGGAACAAGGCCUCUAACAGAUUCACCUGCACCGUCCGCUUCUUCAAUGGGACCACUGACAUAUAUGUUGCAGAUCACAUUAACGGAGAAGAAGGUCAAGGUGGUGAUGGAGGGAUUACGACAGAGUACUAUGUGAGGAGCACUAAGACUGCCAAGCUGGCCUACAGCAUCUUCAUCGCUAAGAGUACCUUCUACGGCCUGGUCGUCAUGGCUCUGAUUUGGAAGUUCCAGCGCUCCUCAGAUAAACAGAUGUAAUUGAUCGCUGACCGAGGUCCGGCCACCCGUGGAAGCUGAGCUCGGUGGACUGGAGUGCGUCAUGUGUGGAAUAAGGUUCUGGUGAAAAGUAGUGCACUUUAAAGUAGUGCACUAUAAAGGGAAUAAGGUGCCAUCUGGGACGAAGAACAAACCCAUGUCUGUCAUGUGAUUACAAUGUACAGUGUGCUUUCUAUUAACUGUCACUCUACAAUGUGAGGAUGUAUUUUAUCGUCCCCAAUAAACACAAUCUUUAUUCAUGUAUUCACUGAGUGUACAAAACAUUAAGAACACCUUCCUCAUAUUGAGUUGCAAACCCCCCCCCCCCCCUUGAAUUAGUCGGGGCAUGGCCUCUACAAGGUGUCGAAAGCGUUCCACAGGGAUGCUGGCCCAUGUUGACUCCAAGGCUUCCCACAGUUGUGUCAAGUUGGCUGGAUGUCCUUUGGCUGGUGGACCAUUCUUGAUACACACAGGAAACUGUUGAGCAUGAAAAACCCAGCAGCGUUGCAGUUCUUGACACAAACCGGGGCACCUGGCACCUGCUACCAUACCCCCUUCAAAGGCACUUAAAUAUUUUGUCUUGCCCAUUCACCCUCUAAAUGGCACACACACAAUCCAUGUCUCUAUUGUCUCAGGGCAUAACAAUCCUCAAGGCAUAACAUUUUAACCCGUCUCCUCCCCUUCAUCUACACUGAUUGAAGUGGAUUUAACAAGUGGGAUCAUAGCGUUCACCUGGAUUCACCUGGUCAAUUUAUGUCAUGGAAAGAGCAGGUGUUCAUAAUGGUUUGUCCACUCAGUGUAUAUGAGUUCAUUCAGGAAGUGUGUCAAAACAAUAUUUACAUUUUCCAUUAACUUAAAAAACCAACAUUUAUGUUCAUUUCUGUAUUAUUUUUGUUGCAGGAUUUACAUCAUAGUGUGUACAGUAUAAAUACAUGUUGCUUUCCAAUUUCAAUGUUUUCCCUUUUGAAUAACACAUUCGAUAAUGUGCAUGUAGCGUCGUCCGGGUUUGGCCCCGAUAGCGUCCGGGUUUGGCCCCGGUAGACCAGCCUUGUAAAUAAGAAUUUGUUCUUAAUCCUCGUUAAAUAAAGGAUAAAUAAAAGACAUAUAUAAUUAGUUUGCUCAAGUGUCAUUUCAUCAGUCUGAGUUGUCAGGUAACACUUAGCUUUAACACUUUGUGACAUCUGCUAUAGUAAAGAAGAGGCUUUCUAAAAAUACAUUGGGGCUGAUUUUCAUCAAUUGUUACUCUAUUACUCACUUGUUACUCAAUAAUAAAGUUGGAAAUGUGAAUA